AAAAAUCACUGUUCAGUGCUACAGCCACGAACAUGCGCUGAGGCCAACGCCUUCUAUGGUUUGCCAUCAGGACCUACUCAGCUAGAUGUGGAUGGAACACGUCCGAUGCUUGGUAGUGUUGCUGUUUGUCAGGAUGGAAUGAGUGUCGUACCUCACGACAUGCCGAAUGGAACUAUAGCACGAGCAUCCGAAGACACAACACAUGCAAUGUUCAUCGUAUCGUACAGAGAUUUCACCAGCGACAAAUUAGCCAGGCUCAUUACCAACUCAGGAACAUGCAGACAAUACGUGCAGUACGACUGCAAUAAUGCUGCUCUAGGGUGA